CUCUCUCCACGCGGACACAAACACGAGCCAAUCAGGCGCGCGGUGACAGCCUCCACGCCUGUUGAACGAGCGCGCGGUACAGGAGCAGAGAGCAGCGCGAGCCGCUGCCUGUCAUUAGCCGAGAGAGGAGAAGAGAGAGGACACGCGCGCGCGCACACAGGGCGAGAGGGUUAAGGGGAAGAGGGAGCAGAAGACCCUCCUGAGAGAAGUAGGAGACUGACAGAAACCAGGCGUCAACAUGAGCGCUCAGUUUGAGGAAGAUAUUCUGGAGCGGGGUGAGAGGAAGAGCAGUAAAUCCCCGACGUUGCUCUCGUCUUACUGCAUAGACAGCAUUCUGGGCCGCCGCAGCCCCUCUAAGGUCAGGCUGAUAGGGGCGCAAAGUUUGACCGGUGUGCCGGGCAGAGGGGAGUUUGACAAGGCAGUUGACGGGCCAACGAAAGAGCCCCUUUCUCUGGGCGCUGACAUGCACCUGCCCCCCAAGCUCCGUCGGCUCUAUGGACCCGGUGGGAAAUAUCUCCAAGAUCACGCAGAGAAGCUGGAAAGAGAGAGGCUCCUCCUGGAGCAGGCCAGCGAGAACCUCAAAAUCAGCCAGGCGCCGCAGGUGAGCAUCAGCCGCAGCAAGUCCUACCGGGAGAACGCCUCUCUGCACCGGGGAGAGGGAGAACAGAGCCCGGGAGAGGCCUCGGAGGACGGGGCCCUCGGACUGGUGGAGCUGGGGCCCCUCAAGUUCGAGGAAGACGUCGGGAAGGAAGAGGAGGGGAGCUGCGCGGAAGGCACCGCGCUGUCCCCGAAAGACGAGGAGAGGGAGGAGAGCUUGAACGCCGGAGACGGGGACGUGAGGGACGGGGAGGACAGCGUGUGUCUGUCGGCGGGCAGCGACUCGGAGGAGGGGAUGCUGAAAAGGAAGCAGAGAAGAUACAGGACGACGUUCACCAGCUACCAGCUGGAGGAGCUGGAGAGGGCUUUCCAGAAGACGCACUACCCCGAUGUAUUCACGAGAGAGGAGCUCGCGAUGCGUCUGGAUCUCACCGAGGCGCGCGUACAGGUGUGGUUUCAGAACCGCAGGGCCAAGUGGAGGAAGCGUGAGAAGGCAGGGGUGCAGGCCCACCCAUCAGGCCUGCCCUUCCCAGGCCCACUUGCUGCAGGCCAUCCACUCAGCCACUAUCUAGAAGGAGGGCCGUUCCCCCCCCACCCUCAUCCAGCGUUGGAAUCUGCCUGGACAGCUGCUGCAGCUGCAGCUGCGGCCUUCCCAGGCCUGGCCCCACCGCCUCACAACAGCUCUGCUCCACCCUUGGCUACCCCACUGGGACUGGGCACCUUCCUGGGCACUGCUGCCAUGUUUCGUCACCCUGCCUUUAUCGGACCAACUUUUGGCAGGCUGUUCUCCAGCAUGGGUCCCCUGACUAGUGCUUCCACCGCUGCAGCCCUCCUCCGUCAGCCUGCACCGCCAGUGGAGAGCCCCUCCCAUGCAGGCUCUGUCCUCCCCGACCCUUCCUCUGCCUCCUCCACCUCAUCCUCCUCGGUUGCAGCAGCAGACCGCAGGGCCUCAAGUAUUGCGGCGCUGCGCCUCAAGGCCAAGGAACACUCGGCUCAGCUCACCCAGCUUAACAUCCUGCCAGCCGGAGCCACGGGGAAGGAGGUGUGCUGAACACUCAACAGCAGCGCUGACCCGUCCUGUGCUGGACGUACGCCCCAUUCCAUGACACCCCGUCCCCCUUAGAAAAAAAAAACAAAACAAAAAAAAGCAAAUUUAAACAUUCAUACCUCUGGAGGCUGCUAUCCUGAUGAUGACCCCCCUGUUAGACCUCCUACUGUUACCUCAUGUUUCCCCAACAAAAUAGCACGACCAAAUGCAGAAGAGCACUGGCUGAAAAAGUGUGUUUGUGUGUCUCUGAUAAGCAUGGUUUCAUUCUUUCAUAUAGUUUCCAGAAAAAAAAAAGAAUCAAUAUCAUAAGAGCUUUCAGUUAGAUAAGAUUAUUUUGAAAAACAUCCAAAGAUUAAAUGCAUUUAUAUAGCUAUCUAUUUCAAAUACUCUUCGAUACUUCCACAGUCACCCAAAAAGUCUAUUGGGGAUUGUUUAGAGUGAUUACAUAUACGUAUAUGUUUAGUAAAAUAUGAACCAUACAAGUCCUUAGAGGUGGAAUGUAACAAAUAAAUGAGCUUCUAAUUAUAAACAGUGUAUAAUCUUACAAACAUGAGGUACAGUUAUCUGAAAAAAGCUUCUGGUUUAUUUAUGUUUAAAACCCAAGACUUUGCUUUGUUGGUUUGGUUUCCUUUUCCUGAAGUCGGGACACACAGACUCACCCCAAAACACCGAGCUGAAGAACGGCAGGGGGAACCCAGACUUUUCUAGAAAAAAAAAAAAAGAGUUCCUUGGAUGUGGACAACACGAGUGCUCGACAUUAACACUGCUUAAUCUGUAUGCAUUAUUAUGUGGGCUGAGCCAGUCUGCAUGUCUAAUAAAAGGCGAGUUGGAGGAGGUACCCCGCAUCCCCAGCCCUCACCCCCCGACACACCCUAAACCAAAGGAAAACUUGUCCAUAGACCUUCCAUAGCCUUCUCUGCAAGCCUGACUCCUCUGCACCGCUUGCCUGUCCGUCCGUCACUUUCAGCCGCACCACUGCAAACGUACGUCUAAUCAAGGCGUACAUUCUAGAUCGUCUGCAAACCGCAUUUCCUACUUUGGUUAAUUUUCACAGCAGUGGCAUUUCUGCGGACUCUGACUUCAGGACCUACGAGCAACUGUGUGAGAGACAUACUGUAAAUAUUGUGUAAAAAAAAAUUAAAAAAGAAAAACAGAGAGACAAAAAGCGUGAAAAAUAAAAGGAAGAGGAUCAUUUUCAAAAUAGGGUCAUGUAUAUUUUAAGAGACCCUGUUUUGAUCAUUUGCACUCGGUGUAGUGUGUAAUGAAUGUUGCCCUGUGUAGAUUUCAACCUGUGUUUAUGAAUUAUUAGGUUUUUAGAUAAUUAUUUAUGUCAAAACUCUUCCCAGACGAAAUGAGUGAAGGAUAUUUGUUUUUCAUAUUAAGUGAUUGUACGUUUCCUGGCUUAAUAACAUUAAUUUGAAUAAAUGACAUUGAUAAAA